AUGAAUGCUCGUCUUUCUUGUGCUGAUAAUGUUAAUGAUGAUGAACUGGAUGAGGAGUUUGAUACUUUCCCUUCUUCACAUCCUCCUGAUAUUGUUGGGAUGAGGUUUGACUCUAUGACAAGUAUUGCUGGAAGGAUUCAAAUUGUGGUUGGUGAUUUGGCUACUCAAGGGGAGAUGCUGCAGUCUUUGUUGAGCUUGAGAGACCCUAGAGCAACCGCAUUGUAUGUUAUCUUCUGCUUGAUCGCUUCCAUUGUGCUCUAUGUAACACCCUUCCAAGUGCCACGGAUUUUAUGUACCGAGACAUCCAAGCUACCAUCUGCUCCACUUAAUUUCUUCAAAAGACUGCCUGCGAAAGCGGACUGCAUGCUAAUAAGCUGUAUUUUCCUUCUAUUAUCUCUAUCAGCCUGUGUGCUUUUCACUGUGUCUCGAAUUGAUGAAAAUGACGGUAAAAAUGUAUCGGGCUCUUUGCAGGUCUAA